UGUACAUUGUUCCAGACAAGCUGACUAAUUUGCUGUAGAAGUUAGGGUUUUGAGAUGAAUCUGGAAACACGCAUAUUCUCUUUAACCGAUUUCUUAAACUCGGUUCCGAAAUGUGUGUUCUCUUCAUAUUCAACUCCAGUACUGACCGACUUAGAAACAAACCUCGUCAAAUCAAUCCUCCAAGACGACAAAGAUCAACUCAUAAACAUCAUCAAACAAGCACUCCUCAACGGCAACGAUAAUGAUACACUCCAGACGACGGCGUCGACGGCCGUCUUGAAGAUCCUCCACCUCUGUUGCAACUUGGACUCCGUUUUCUGCGCCACGGCGCUGGUCAACGGGGAACUGCUGGGAGGAGCGGCGGCGGCUGUCAACAAGACGGACAACGUCACAGGUCUGACGGCCAUCCACGUGGCGGCCGAGUCGCACGCGGCACGUUGCGUGGAAAUGCUGUUGAAGAAACGCGCCCGUACGGCUGUUAAAAGUAAGGACGGACGUGGAAGGCUGGCUCUGGAGUUAUCUCUAUCUAGCAGUAGAAUGGAUGUGAUUUGGAAUCCGGAUGACUACUCCGUCGAAGACUUGGUCGUCAUUCUUAGUCAAAAGGAUUUGACCACGGUCAAACUCCUGAGUGAGAAAACGAAAGAGAUCAGCGAGGUGGCGUAUGCAAGUGCCGUAGGGGGCAGAGUAGUGGAGUUAGCCGCGCUGCUCAUUGUGGCAGCAGAGAGUGUGAACUCGUCGCUUUUGGUGUUACACGACGCCGAUUCGGGGUGCAAAGAGGAGACCACGAUAUACGAGUGCGUGGUCAAGGAGGCCUUGUCGUUGGGCCGCACGACGACGUCGUGUUUGCGGGCGGCUAAACGGAGCAGUGCGCCGACGAAGAGCGAGUCCGCAAAGAAGAGGAAGCUCCUGCUGUGUGAAAUAGAGUUGCUUCAGCUCUUUGGUGCUGUUUCCAAUAGAAGUUGUACGGACAAGAAGGUGACGUCACCUUUGAUACUCGCGGCUCAGGCUGGAGAUGAAGCUGUGAUGGAGCUACUUUUGAAGUCAAAUACAGAUGUAAAUGAUACCGACGCUGAAGGAAAUGCUGCACUUCAUUUCGCUCUCAAGGCAUCUAUGGGCUCGUGCCAACAAGUGCAGCAGAAUAGGAUAGUGGGGCUCCUCCUGAAACAUGGUGCCCGAGUGAACCAAAAAAAUAAGUUGGGCCUAACUGCCGUUCACCUUGCUGCUGCUAGUGGCAAUUUACAGGCACUUGAGGUCCUUCUAUUGGAAGAAUCAGAAUGUAUAAACUCGAAAACAGUAAUGAAGGAAACCCCACUAUUUUUUGCUGCUAAGAAUGAUCAUAUGGAUUGUGCUGAGCUUCUUUUGCGUCAGGGAGCGAACAGUGAAGUCCUAAAUUUGCGGUUGGAAACAACAGAUCCGUCUUCCCUUUAUAUCAUUCAAUUCUAUUUCUAUAAUUAUAUAAUUUGUUUUAGAGAGAGGCCAAUAGACUUGGCAGUGUCGCAAGACAUGCGUUUCUUGCUUAAUGCAGCUAAUAUUUGUCACAUGAACCGUGCUUUGGCCAUUCAGCAGAAGUAUAUUGCUUCUCUGGAAGGAGAUGAAAUUUCAGAAACUUGUGAAGCGCUACUGUCCAUGACUGAAGAAGGCACCAGUAUUGAGAAAAUGUGCUCGAACGUGAAGCCAGAGAUUUGUAAGUAUUUUGAAUCUCCUAGUGGAUGCGUCAGAGGGGCCAAGUGUUUUUAUGCUCAUGGGGUUCAGGAGCUUCGGAAGACGAAACGUGGAGCGAACUUGAUUCAUUCUGCUACAGCAGAGGACUUCAAACGUAAAAUUUUUGUAGGAGGCCUUCCCCUUUCACUGGAUUCUGACUCAUUGAGCGAGUUUUUUGAAGAACAUUUUGGGCCGGUUGAAAAUGCCAAAGUUGCCAGAUUUCAAACAGGAAAGCAGAUACAGUCUCGAGGAUUUGGCUUUAUAACCUUUGCACAUGAAGAAUCUGUUUCUGAGGCUGUUGAAGCACGCUAUGUAACCAUUAUGGGCAGGAAAGUCGAGAUUAAAAGCGCUAUCCCAAAAUUUCUUGUGCUUGCUGAGUUGCAGAAACAAGCAGCUCGACGGCGAGAAGCAAAUAUUAAGGACCAGUCUCAACUACAAGCAGUGAUGCCAGAUAAGAAGACUACAGAAGAUAUGUCUGCUAGAAAGACUGAAGAGGAGAUGCCCUCUAGGAAGAACCAAGAAGACAUGCCAUGUAGGGAGACUUUAGAAGAGGAAAAACCUGAACAUACAUCUUGGGCUGAUAGAAUGCUGCUUUGUCAGCCAAUGUCUGAAUCUCAAGCAGAUGUCAGCACCAGUUUUGAGGACGAAACCGUGCCCAAAUGGCUCAGGAUUUUCAAAAAGUGGCUCCCCCGCUUCUUACAACAUCAAUAUAAGCCUCCCAUUGAAGGAGAAUAUGCUCUCUCAUCUCUGAAAGCAGAUUUUAAGGCUGCUUUUCAACUUGAAAUGGAUCAUGCCUCUCUCGGGUAUCCAAAACUCAGUGACUUUAUGAGGACCUUCCCCGAUAUUUGCACCAUGAAGUCUCGGACUUUGAGUAAAAAUGGAUCUCCUAACCACAUGGUGCUGCUGCCUAGCAGCAUACCUAAGCCAAAACUGAAAGUUCUCCAACAACUGAAAAUGCACUCCCCGCCCUUCCCAGUAAAAUCAAUUGGUGAUGGCGAUGAUAGUGAUUCAUGUGAUUCCAAGUCUCCUCAGGACCUUCCGUCAGCAUCUAGUGCAUCUACUGGCUUCACCACUAGCAGUAAUGAGGGAAAUUCAUCCCAUGAGAUCACUGAAGAUAGUUCAACUACAUCACGGAGAGGAAAUUCAGCUCAGAGAAGUACAUCAUCUGGUGUACCUCAAAGGCUUGUUUGGUUUACAAAGCCGGGCAUGUUCUCCUUUUCCCAGACAUCGUCGUAUCAGGGAGGUGAUGAGGGUUCAGGAGACCCAAAUGAUAGAAGAAGAUGGAUGGAGCCAUCCGAAGGAAUAAAGCUUAUGCUUCACAACAGGCAUUUGGUUUUGCAGUGGCUGGCUAUAAAAAGGAAGAACUCAUCAGUCCUCUUUCUCCGUGAAUUUGAUUUCUACCCUAAAUACAAGGCAAACCUUCUUCAGGGAUUAUGCUUUGGCUGCAACCGGCAAAAGAUGAUGUGGGGGAAUUUCCCCUGUAAACACUUGCUUUGGUGUGGUAAUUGCAAACUAGAAGCUGAACAAAUUGGCAGAUACGACCACAAAUGCGUGGUGUGCGAUAUGGAAGUACAGAAAAUCAAUUUGAUCCUUUCAAAUCAAUUUGAGGAGUUCCGUCCGUUAUACAAUUUUAAUAGACCAAAGUACGGCAUUGCCAAACCCAACCUUUCCUCAAGUAUGCUGUUUAUUUGA